GGCGCUUGAUCGUCUCGAUCAGAUCCGAUUUCAUUUCCUCUUUUUGCAAAACUAUACGCUUAUCUAGACAACUCUCCCCCGUCGCCACCGCCAAUGGCGUCUCUGCUCCGCCUCCAGGCCCUCUUCUCCCUUACGCUGGCCACUCCCCGCUGUCUCCCAUCCCAUCUCCGCUGUGUCGCAGCAGUUGCGUCUCCGGUCCCUAGCCGCCUUCCCGCUGCCGCCUCGAACGGCUCGCCGGAGCAGCGGGCCUCGGAAACGACUUUGGAAUCAGGGUUGUAUCUAGUGGCGACACCCAUUGGGAACCUCGAGGAUAUCACCUUGAGGGCAUUGCGUGUUCUGAAAUGUGCUUGUGUGAUACUCUCUGAAGACACAAGGCAUUCUGGAAAGUUACUUCAGCAUUACAACAUCAAGACACCUCUUCUCAGCUUCCAUAAGUUCAAUGAGCGCGAGAGAGAGCCCAUUAUCUUAAAGAGGCUCCAUGAAGGGGAAGCAAUUGCAGUGAUUAGUGAUGCUGGCACUCCAGGCAUCAGUGACCCUGGCAUGGAGCUGGCUAGACUAUGCAUGACUGAAAAAAUUCCUGUUAUUCCCAUUCCUGGGCCUUCUGCCGCAAUUGCCGCUCUUUCUGCAUCGGGUUUGCCAACCGAGGAAUUCACAUUUGUGGGUUUUUUACCAAAGCAUGGUCGAUCAAGAAAAGCUAGGCUUGAGGUAUCUGCUCGUGAGGCUGUGACACAAAUAUUCUAUGUUCCUCCUCAUGGAAUUCAACAGUUUCUUGUUGAUGCUGCUUCGUCUUUUGGUGAUUCAAGGUCAUGUGUUAUUGCAAGGGAGAUAACCAAAUUGCAUGAAGAGGUCAAGCUUGGUGAAGAACCUAGAACCGUGGAGUUCAUCGAGCAACUCGUUAAUGACAUGAAUGGGAAAUUUAUCUUUGACAGUCUGCUCAUUCAGAGCCCGGUAGUCGACACAAAAACGCCAGGAACCAUCAUGUUUCUUGACCAGAAGCACCGGUGAAGAAAAUACAGAGUCACUGCUGCGAAUAAGGCCUCGUUGGAGCAUAUCGGCACACUGUCGCUCGAGCUUGUCCUUCUGCAACUGCGCAUACCAGUAUGGGCGCACGGCAACAGGUGUGGCGUCGGGAAGCAGGCGAAUGCGAGGAAGCACCAUAGGAGUGGCGAAGAGGUCGGCGAACUCGUCGAGCAUAUCGUCCAUGAGUCCCGAAUGCUGGCUCAAAAGCGUAUGCACGGAUGAAGACUCACGUGCGUCGAGCCUAGACCAUGUGACAAGGGUGCCAUGUGUUAGAAUAUAUAAUAUAGCCAUGUACCCUUUCAUACUUAUCCCAUUGUAUAAGGGGUUUUCUGCAUAUAUUUCACACCUGUACAUGCAUAUAUAUCGGCCUAUGGCCUCAUGGGAAUACAAGUUGCAUAUUCCUAACAUGGUAUUAGAGCCUAGGUUUUUUUAGCACGCGCAACUCGUGCUUGAUCCUCUUCUCGUCACCGCCGCCGCAGUGUUUCCUCUGGUCUGGCUGCGCUUCCUCCUCCUGGUCCAGGAUCCCGUCGGGCUGGUUGGUGCUACAGAUCGCGUUCCUGACGAAGCCGGUCUCGAGCCGCCGGUCUCCGCAGUCAGGUCUCUCCCGAUUGGAUCGCCGCGUCCCGCAGUCUUUCGCACCAUCCCGUCGCCGGCCUCCCCGAUCUGUCAACGCCUCCUGCCUGCCGGAUCACGUCGCCAGGCCGCCGUCUCUCCUUGCUGGAUCCCAUCGUCAGCCGCCGUCUCCUUGCUGGAUCCCAUCGUCAGCCGCCGUCUCCUUGCUGGAUCCCGUCGCCAGCCGCCGUACACGCGAUUCCGCUAGCCUCCGUCCUUGCUCGAGCUUGCUGUAUCUCCAGAUCGGAUCGCCCCACGCCGACCCAGUCAACUCGACCCUGCUGCACCUCAGAUCGGAUCGCCCCGCCUGUCUGUGCGCCCUCCCCGGACUUCCCCUGCAGCCGGCACCCUCGCCGGAUCUCGGAAGCGGCUGCUGACCUCCGUUGCUGGUCUGCCCCUGUUGCUGGAUACGAGUCCCUCGAUCGCUGGUGGAUCUCGUGUGGUUCUGGUCGGGAGAGGAAACUGCUGCCUUUUUCCUAAAAA